AUGGAUCUGGUGCUGCCGAGUUCCCGCGAGUCGGAAUCUGCCAAAAUAAAGAGAAGCUAUCUUGUUUUGAAUUCCAUCCAGGGUUGGAACAGGAACCCAAAAGACGUGAAUCGCAGUUUGAGUUGCCCUUCUGAGGCUACUUCUGGAUUGGUGAGGGUGCCGAAACACCUGGCUGGCGAAAGGGGCGAAAGAGCCCCAACGAAGGCGGAAAGCGGCCCCGAUCACCCAUCCACCCCCCAGCCCAUCGAUUUGUCGGUCAAGUUUGAAAGGCCGAACAAGAAGGCCGUUAUAACAUCAUGGUGGCGGGCCUUGCAACUCUCAUCUCGACGGCGAAACCUCCGGCCGAGCCUCCGUGUCUUAUUGGUGGAUCAAGGCAAAAUCGAAUUGCUUAGCCUUUCCGCAAUACGAAGAUGUUCGGCCUCUUUCGAGCUCUUGUUUCGACCCUUGCUCGGAUCACGGCACCGUUCAAGCCAGACCAGGGCGAAAUUCGAUAUUCUACUCUGGCAGCCAACCAUCCUGGCUGAGAAGGAUUAUGCCUCCGCAGCUGGCAUCCUAAACACUGCCAAACCCCUGUCGCAGUGA